AUGAAGCUCUUAUCGGUACUGCUUGCGGUAGCCUGCACGGCUGUGUUGGUUCCGACGCCAGUCGUCGCGACAUCCAAUGAUGUUGUUUUCGUGGAGGAAACUUCUCCUGAAGUGUCCCUACGUGGUAUGAAAGCAAUUCCUCAAGGCAUCAACUAUUCCGUCCCUGCCAUUCGUGUUGACGACAGCGCGGCGGAGAUCGUGGUCGACCACACCCAAACGUCGUCUGCUGCUCGAGGACUAAGGACCAGCCGUCGUUUAGCAGGAGAAACGUGUCCCUACAGAUCGACCAAUCCAGGAACGAGCGCCGAAGGUUUGUUCAUUUGCGAUAGUGGUUGGCGCUCGGACUGCACUUUUGUUUGCGCCCAAACCGCCUGCUACAACAGUGGCGGUGUAUGGGCGGCAUUGGAUCCUUGUUGCAAUCCAUACAGGUGCUUCUACGGAUCGCUCUGCCCUGUAGGUUGGACCCAAGGAGCGAAAACGCAGCACGGGCAGACUUGUACUCGUGCGGCAAAUGACCCAAGCUGCCAUGAAGACUGUGCCAGAAAGCAAUGCCAAGAGCAUGCGGGCGAAUGGGCUGGGUUCGACCCUCGCUACAGCCCGUUCACAUGUUACAUGGGUGCUGUGACAACCGAAGAAUCAGCCGCAAUCGAUGAUGAAGUGAAAGGGCUGAUCACCAACUUGAAUAAGGUCAAAAUUCAGGUGAGCGGCGCAAAAGACCUUCUGGCGGACGUUGCAGAUCGAUCAGGCGAUGACUGCGUCACUACCGGAAAAUCCUGCACUAUCGUCUGGGUCAUCUUUUUCUUUCAAGUGCUGGCGGAACACACCGUCAAUUGGCUCAACGAGGCGCUCAAAUCAAAGAAUAUGGUCGAAUUGUGCAAGAAUCUCCACAAAGGAGCCGCAUCCACGGCUGUUGGAGCUCUGGCGAUUAAAAACAAAGGAACCUACGCUAUGGAGUUUUCAGGUGACGUAACAGGCCUUACCAUCAGUGGAGGGGCUUCCUUCAAUAUGAUCUGGGGUGAAGAUGGUCAGAAGGCUUGCUCUACUUCGGGAGUUCUUGGUUUCAAUCUUGGCCUUUUUGGCUUUGGCAUCGGAUCGGGAGUGAGUUUCUCACCAAAGGCGAUGGGCGGAUUUGGCACGGUCGGCUCCCACAUUUCUAAUCCCGAUGAGUGCUUGGCGGUGGGCCUUCCGGGUGUUCCAAUAGUAGUCACAGUAGGUAUCACUCCGUCGAACGUGAAAGUUCAAGACGUUGUCUGUCUAUUCAAGCGUGACCUGCCACGGUUGUUAACCCAGUCCAUCGGCACAAAGACAGAAAGCAUGGAAACAUGGAAGGAGGCCAUACUUGAGGCUGCGAUUCGAACCGGAAGUGUUCUUCUGGGUAUCAGCUCAGUGGGGGUGGGAGUUGGAACUGGGUUCGAUGUCGCCGACUUGGUUACUUUCAAAGGCUCAGACUGGAUCCCAUCAUUUUCAUAUGGAAAGUGCAUUGAAACGGUUUUUCAUUGUGAGGGAGGAGGCUGCGAUGCUGUGGAGCAAAAGGGGAAGGAGUCUGCUCAGAUCAAACUUAAACAUAACGGUCACUGUAUGAGUCAUCAAGGAAAACAUGUUGAGCAACAUUGGUGUCAAAACCUCGAGGACGCUUCGCAAACGUGGGGUUUCAGUGCAGCAACGGAACGCAUCGAAAACCUUGCUUGUCCAAAAAGUUACACGCAAGGAGAACUCGGAAAAAACGGGAUGGUUUGCACCAAAGGUUGGACUCCAGACUGUCAAACAGAUUGUGCCAAGCAUUUGUGUGAAUCCCAGGGAGGCACUUGGGCAGGUCUGGAUCCGUGCUGCAAUCCAUUUACGUGUUACAUGAAAACGCCAUGGUGCUUGGACUUUGACUAUUGGCAGGGGACACAAGUUAUCAUGCACCCUUGUCAUGAUAAAAACAACCAAAAAUGGUACCACGAUGGCACCACAAUCCGCACUCGUCAUGACACGAACAAAUGCUUGACUUUUGACAGCGGACGAUUGACACUGAAGACAUGCGGCGCAGCACAUCAACAGUUUUCUUGGCCUAACGAAUUCUGGGCAUCCAAAGGCGGGGCUCCAGUUCGCCAUACGCCAUCACCACAUUGCCCCGUUUCCUUGUCUGGAAAGCCUGGAUUGCUCUCCAGUUGGGCAGAUCUUGGAAGCUGCCUCGACGUUGAAGGGACUCACAGCGGCGAAGUUCCCGCAAUGCGAACUUGCAGCGGCGGAAACGGCGAGAAAUGGAAAUAUGACGUAUACAAAGGAGAAAUAACGAGUAUCCAUGCUAGCAAAUGCUUGGACUGGGACACAAAUACUGCUUCAAAAGUGCUCCUUUGGGUUUGCACCGGCGGUAAAAAUCAGCGAUGGUAUCGCAAGGACAAGACUGUUCGCAAUAAACAGAAGGGAGACGGGUUUUGCUUAGACACAAAAAAUGGAAAAGCAGAGCUUCUCGCUUGCGACAGCAGCGCAACACAAAACUGGAAUUGGCAGCCUGGUUUUUGGCCGUGA